UUAUUUCUCUUUAUCUGCCUCUGGCUCUGUCUCUGUCUCUAUGUCUUUAAGUUUCCUCCUUUUUUUUCUCUGUCUGUCAAUAUAUAAUACCCACAGUGUCUGUGUGUACAUUUGUGGUUAUUUCCUGAUAAUGUGUAGCCCCUAGUGAUUUAGAUCUCUCCCCAGCUGGCAGUCCAGGAGAAAACUGAGAAGAAGCUUCCCCUGCUCCUGGCCUAAGAAUCAUAAUGGAGACCUGAAAAAGAAUCAUAAUGGAGUUCCAGCUACUCAGAAUUCCAGGUAUCCUUGGCAACGACCAGUCACCAUGGCAACCACUGACUAGAACUGGCUACUGCUUCCUUGCUAGUCACGACAUUCUGCCUCCAGAGAGAGUCUCUUCACCAAGUUGGCUGGAUGACUGGACCCGGAUUUCCACUGGAAAUGGAUAAUUGUUGCACUGUGAGGAGAGCCUUUGGCUGAGGUGGUGGCAGUGGCGGAGGCAGAAGUGCGAAACGUCUGCGGGAGGAGACAUGGCCAACAUUGCGGUGCAGCGAAUCAAGCGAGAGUUCAAGGAGAUGCUCAAGAGCGAGGAGACAAACAAAAAUCAAAUUAAAAUAGAUCUUGUAGAUGAGAACUUUACAGAACUAAGAGGAGAAAUAGCGGGACCACCAGACACCCCGUACGAAGGAGGAAGAUACCAACUUGAGAUAAAAAUACCAGAAACGUACCCAUUUAGACCCCCUAAGGUGCGUUUUAUUACUAAAGUUUGGCAUCCUAAUAUUAGUUCUGUCACAGGGGCCAUUUGUUUGGAUAUUCUGAAAGAUCAAUGGGCAGCAACAAUGACUCUAAGGACAGUAUUGCUCUCAUUGCAAGCUUUGUUGGCAGCUGCAGAACCAGAUGAUCCACAAGAUGCAGUAGUAGCAAAUCAGUACAAACAGAAUCCAGAAAUGUUCCAAGAGACAGCUCAAUUUUGGGCACAUGUGUAUGCUGGAGCGCCACCUACUAGUCCAGAAUAUGCCAAAAAAAUAGAAAACCUGUGUGCUAUGGGAUUUGAUAGGAAUGCAGUAAUAGUGGCCUUGUCUUCAAAAUCAUGGGAUGUAGAGACUGCAGUAGAAUUGCUUCUGAGUAACUGAGGCAUAGAGAGAAAAAUGCUGCUGUAGUCCAGUCUGCCCCCUUCUUCAGGAGCAUCACCAUCUAUUAUUUUUAGAAUUCUGCAUAGAUUCUUUUAAAACUGGUAUUGUUGCCUAAUUAUUAUCUCAGCAUGAUUGAAGACUGAAAAAAAAACAAACCCUGCUCUGUAAAUAAAGCUAAUUAAACAUC